AUGACGUCGAACAAUAGCUUCACCCAACCAACUCGGCAACAACUUCAACAAUGGCAACGAGCGUACGAGUUCAGGAGAGCAAUGUCAACCACCGAACUAGAGAACGAGAACCAUGCUAACCAAUGCACAUUCUUAGUACAAUCGGGAGGUAACGUCUCCCUUCCAGAAAUCCACCUUUACGAAGGCAAAGUCUCCCCCAAACUUCUCUCGCCCCCAUCCAACAACACCCCACGCCGCUACCUCGCCUUCUUCUCCGGCGGUCUGCACGGUCCAAUCCGCCCCAACCUCUUCCACUACUGGAAGAACCACGACGCUGACAUUCGCGUCUACGAAUACCUCCCCAAAGACCUUGACUACUACUCCUUCAUGCUUAACUCCAAGUUCUGUCUUUGUCCCAGUGGCCACGAAGUGGCCAGUCCUAGAAUCGUGGAAGCAAUUUAUGCCGAAUGUGUUCCCGUGAUCCUUUCCAAAUAUUACGUGUUGCCCUUCAGUGAUGUGCUGCAAUGGGAGGCGUUUUCGGUGCAGGUGGAGGUUUCAGAUAUUCCCUGA